AUGAAGAUUCAUCUCUUUUUCUUUAUUCUGCUCUUGUGGGUGACAAUUUUAACAGCCAAAAGGUGGCUUCCUGAGUAUGGUAGCUUGGAUUUGAGGACUGCGUGCAGACUGGGUAAAGGUCACUGUAAAACCCAGUGCACUGCAAAUGAACAUAGAAUUGCUUUCUGCAUAAGACCUGGAAGUCACUGCUGCAUCUAG